CGGAACUUAAGAUUUAGAAUGGUCAAAAAUGGAAGAGAAAUUGGAAAACGAACUGAAUCUUGAUGAUGACGAUUUUGAGAUGAAGGAUGAAAUAUUUUACGUCAAAGAUGAAAUUCACCAAGAUAAUAUUUUUGAUUUACAAUCAGAAAAAUAUGUUCUAUUAAAGAAGGAAAUCAUCCCAGGGAAACCGGGUCAUGUUCUAAUAGAAGCCGUGAAAUUGGGAAUAAACAGAACCAAGGAGAACAAUUUAAUUCCUAGUAAAUACGAAGAAGUGACAAAUUCUCGCGAUAAGCGUGAUAUGACAUGUACCAAUCUCACAAAUUUCAAACGACACAAGAAGAGCAAACAAGAUAAUGUUAGAUAUCAUUGUGAUCAAUGCGGACGUUCUUAUGGUGAACUUAAAGAUCUGAAGAUGCACAUUGAAAGUAAACAUGAAGAUUUGAAAUACUACUGCGACCAAUGUGAAUUUGUUGCAACUUCGAGACGUGGACUGAAGCAUCACAGUGAUAAUGAACAUGAAGGUAUAACGUAUCCAUGUGAUCAUGUGUCAAAGUCUCCUACUGGACUUAAGUCGCACAAUGACAGUAAACAUGUAGGAGUGAGAUAUCCCUGUGAUAAAUGUGAUAAAACAUUUACCAAGCUAGAUAAUGUGAAAAGACACAUAAAGAGCAAACAUUACAAAGUGAGAUAUUAUUGUGAUCAAUGCGAACAUUCUUUCAGUGAUUAUUCGAGCCUAAAGAAACACAUUGAUAGUGAACACAAAGGUAUUAAACAUUUCUGCGACAAAUGUGAGUUUGUUGCCAAUGAUAAAGGUGGGCUAAAGCGCCAUGAUAAGAUUUUACAUGAAGGGUUAAGGUAUCCCUGUACUACAUGUGAUUAUGUGUCAAUUUCUGUUGGUGGAUUAAAGAAUCAUAUUGACAGUAAGCAUGAAGGAGUGAGAUAUUAUUGUGAUAAAUGCGAAUAUUUUGCUGCUGCUCCACGUUAUUUGAAAACACAUAUUGAAAGCAAACAUAAAGGUGUGUUUUACCCGUGUGACAGUUGUGAGUAUACUGCUUCGGCAAAAAGCACUUUAAAGACUCACAUUAAGAAUAAGCACUUAAAGGUGAGAUAUCCGUGUGAUAAAUGUGAAUUUGCUGCAACAACUGCAAGCAAUCUAAAAGUACACAUACAGACUAUUCACGAAGGAUUAAGAUAUUUAUGUGAUCAAUGUGAACAUACUGCUACCUCAAAGAGUGAUCUGAAGAGACACACAAGAAGUAAACAUAAAGUAUAAAUAUUAUUUUGUAAAGAUGAAUCAGGAUUCUAGCUGUUUUCCUGAAGAAGGAUCGAGGAAACUAGAAGUUACUAUAAAGAUAAAAUAAUAUUUACCAACUAUAAACUUAAACAAAUUCCAAUUUGGAUUUUGUUUUAUAGUUUAUUUUUAUUGUUUUA